AUGCAGGGGUCCAGCGCUUGCCGGCGCCAGGCGCAGCCGCCCCCCCUCCAAGGCCGGAGCGGCUUCCACCCCGGCCCUCGCAAAGGGCAGCCCGGCUGGGGGGGCCCCGGGCGGCUGCGCGUCCUCUUCGCCCUCGCCUUUUGGGUGAGCUCGUGCAAAGGUGCACCAAUGGCAUCCAAUGUUCUACAAGGAGAACAAGAUUUGCAGUUGUGGAAUGAGAUAGAUGAUGUGUGUUCUGCUUACCUGGCCAGAGAUGCUCAGCCUCAGUCAUCUAAUGCAUUGGAAGAGCUUUGCUUUAUGGUUCUGGGACUUCUACAGAAAAAUCAGGCGUUAGAUGAAAAAGACAACACCAAAAGAUUCUUAUUUCAUUAUUCUAAGGCCCAUGACACAGGCAGCUCAGACCUUCUGUCGUCUGUCCUGCAUCCUUUACUGCAACUUGUUCCCCAACUGCAUGAGAGGAGACCGAAGAGAUACAAAGUGGACGAAGAGCUUCGAAUACCUGGAGGAGUUCAGAGUAGGGGAUACUUUAUCUUCAGGCCACGCAAUGGGAGGAGAUCAACUGCAUUUCGUUAA